AGCAUCGCUCCUCUUCGGCUGCUCACGGUAACAAAAUGUCAACACUGCUUGGCAGGAAGUGGUGCUUGGUCCUUGUUGUAACGUGACGACCAGUUGAACUAGUCGACAGAAUUGUUGGGACAACAAACUCAUCUUUUGACGUUCCGAAUAUCGGGAGAUGGACAGUCACAGAAGGGGAACACCAUGGGGAAAGCUGGUCAAAGUGGAUUCCAGUGGAACUGAAGUGCUGCUUUUCAACAGGGAAUGCACCAUUGGCCGGAAAAAGGGAUGUGAUUUGGCCUUUCCUGCCAACAAACUGGUCUCGGGGGAGCACUGCAAGAUUGUACAAGAUGAAAACUCAGGACAGGUGUGGCUUGAAGACAUGAGCACCAAUGGUACAGUGAUCAACAUGGCCAAACUGGUCAAAAAACAAACUCAUAUGCUUCAAAACGGUGACGUCAUCUACUUUGUAUACAGGAAAAAUGAACCUGAGCAAAACAUUGCUUAUGUAUACUACGCAAUCCAAACAGAGCACGGUGUUUUGCAAGAUGAUCACAACUUGUCAGUCCACGAUCCCGCUGUCCUUGCAUCCUCCGAGAUGACGCUGUCUGUGGAGCCUGUCAUGCUCACAAAAGCUCCUCGGGAUCUAAAUCGGGAAGAACCUCAGCCGUCCACCUCUACUUCCCACCUCUGUUUUGAGCAACCUUUUACACCUGGACUUCCAUCAGCCAGUGCAUGUCUUAAGUCUGGCAGCCAGUCGAGCAAUGUGGCCCAAACACCAGAGAAAGCACACAACGAUUUGGAGCCAGAAUGCAAGAAGAGAAAAACUGAGAUAGAACCCUCAUCCGUCAUACAGACAACAUCAUCAACUGGAAGUGUUAUGGCUCAAGCACCAGCAGAAGAGACCAAGACGGAUAAGAUGGAGGAAUCUCUGACAUGCAUUAUUUGCCAGGACCUCCUUUAUGACUGUGUCAGCUUGCAACCUUGCAUGCACACGUUCUGUGCUGCCUGCUACUCUGGCUGGAUGGAGCGAUCUUCUUUUUGUCCUACGUGCCGCUGCCCUGUGGAAAGGAUCCGUAAGAACCACAUCCUCAACAACCUGGUAGAAGCCUACCUCAUCCAACACCCAGAAAAGUGUCGCAGUGAGGAGGAUAUGAAGAGCAUGGACAGCCGCAACAAGAUUACUCAAGACAUUUUGCAGCCAAAAGUUGAGCGUUGUUUAUCCGAAGAGGAGGGCAGUUCAGAUUACCCUUUUGAAUUCUCCGACAAUGACAGCGACUCCUCUGACAUUAGUCAGCCUCUAAUAAUCUGCAGACAGUGUCCAGGCUACAGGAAAGAGGUCGGUCAGAGGCUGUUUGCCACAGGCUCAAACUACUGGCUUCCGGGUCCUCCAGUCCCACCUCCUGUGUCUCCUCCUCUUCCACCUCCUAUCACACCAGCUGCAGAAGAAGGUUCUGCAAAGCCUUUCGGCGAAGAGCCCUCAACGUCGUCUGACAACCCACCAGCUCCUCUGGAGUACCGCUGUCACCCUCUAGGCUGUCAUCUGAUGUGUAGCUGCUGCCUGCAGCCAAUGCCAGACAGACGGGCUGAGUUGAACAGCCAGCAGCAAUGUUCGCAGUGCCAGCGUCCUUUCUGUCACAUUUAUUGGGGUUGCCAGAAGAUUGGCUGUCAAGGCUGCCUGGCUCGAGUCAGUGAGCUCAAUCUGACGGACAAAUGCCUGGACGGUGUGCUGAAUAACAAUAGCUAUGAAUCUGAGAUCCUAAAGAAUUAUUUGUCCUCCAGAGGCAAGACAUGGAGGGAUCUGCUCAAGGAGGCUGUGCAUGACUUGCAACAGGGGAAAUUUUGCCUUUCAGAUCAAAGUAUUUCUGCAAAUACAAUCCUUUGCGUUUGCUGCGGCCUGAUGGUCUUCAAGGAGUUGGCGUACAAGUACAGACAGAACAUUCCUCAGUCUGAACUACCAGCUGCUGUAUUGUCUCGGCCCGACUGCUACUGGGGACGUAACUGUCGUACACAGGUGAAAGCUCAUCAUGCGAUGAAGUUCAACCACAUAUGUGAGCAGACCCGCUUCAAGAGCUGAGUGAACAAAGCUGCUGUUCAACUCACAGCACAACGGAGACACAUCUCAUCUGGUAGCAUUCUGCCUGCUGAAGCUGGCCCUGUUAUGCACACAAAAAUAUUAAUUCAAAAAAAAAAAUUCCAUUCAGAUUGGACUAUGUGAAGUACCUUUAUGCACAUUACAGUUUAGGUAUGGGGGGUUGAGAUUUUGAUUUUAUAUUUUGUCUGGCUGCUGCAUUUUUUAGGGUCUCCUGGCAGACCAGACAACCGCUUUGCUUAGAUUAGCAGCCAAAUGUGCGUUGUAUCCUCUCAUCCUUAUGUAGACCUGCUGAUUUGUGUAUAGUUUGUGAUCAAAUUUACUGUCAUACGAAGUUCCUGUCUUAGAAUUAAGAGCUUCCCCUGUGUGCACUCAUUGAAACGAUGACGUGAAAUACAGAUUUUAGGCAUUUUCUGAGAGUAUAGCUCCCAUGUAUAUUACAUAUUAUUGAAGUCGCCAAAGUGAUGCUCUUGAGUUGCAUUUUGGCAAGACACCAAGUGCCACGGGCAGCGAUUACUAGGCAUGAGUGCGUAGCUGCAUACGGACAGGACUUGAUUCCCAUACACAAGGUUGCCAUGUAAUAAAGGCUAAGCCGCAAGCAGCCAGUCGUCGCGCAUCAAGCUGAGGCUGAUGUUAGACUGAAGUUGAUUACUUUUACAGUGCUGUUUUUCGCUAAACAAAUUAACCAGAACAAUCAGUGCAAACCAUGGUUUUUCGAAAUGGAAAUCUGUUCCGUUUACCUGAUGCAGUUUAUUCUCCACUUUGCUCAUUAUGCAAAUUAUUUUCAUUCGAGGCUCUUUGUUUUAUAAUGAGAACACGGUUAGUGAGUGGGAAGGAUUGGGAUAGUUCCAAAUGUUAUCUUGUUUCUCAGGUUUAUGACGCUGCUGUAGAAGUUCAGUGUGUACAGUAUAUAGAGCCGUGUAUGUUUAUGACACGUUAGAAAACUCUGUAUACUCAUCACCUGGGAGGCAAUGGGAUGUGCCUCCACAUUAUGUCAAAAAUUCCUUAUCAUAAUACAAUGUUUCUGAAAACA